UGAAAUCUGCAUUGUGCCUGUCCGUAUUUCUCCGAAACUUUUUUUUUUUCCUUAUGCACCAGUUUUAAUCAAGCGGUUAUCGAUGUCAGCAGCCACAAUCAACCACCCCGUAAAGAUAGCCUGCUAAAUGAAGGAGAGGACCACAGAGCCAUCCUUGAUAUGAAAGUUAACGGUGAUCCGAGACGCAAAACAAAACCGUCGCAGCGCCAAUCAUCGAAUUCCAACAUCCAACGUGGUAACUCCUACUGUUCAACCCGCCAUUCCUCCAAUCCAACCUCUCCUCCCUCUCUGUAUAAAUCUUGGGUCCGAGGCCGACAGUUAAAGUCUUGCAGUUCCUGAUCAGGAAUUUUCAAGAUUUGCAUCUUGAUUGGUUGGUGCUAAAUUAUUAGUUCGCUUUCCUCCAUUAUCUUUUGCUUCUGUUUUCUAUAGUGUUUUCAGGUCAGUAAUUUUGUUCGUUUAUGCUCAUGACGAUGUCCUGGACUUGGAGGAACAUAGUUUCUCUUUCUUUCUUUAAGAAUCCCAGUGGCACCCGCCAGGAGAGAGUGAGGGAGAUCCAGCUUGGUGCCCAUACUGUACAAUCCCAUGGAUACGAAGUUGCAAAGUUCCACAGGCAUGACUGGAUUAUUUUGUUGCUUCUUGUAGUGAUAGAGAUCACUCUGUACGUCAUUCAUCCAUUUUACCGCUUUGUGGGGAAGGAUAUGAUGGAUGAUCUCAAAUAUCCACUGAAAGACAAUACAGUUCCUGUUUGGGCUGUUCCUAUGUAUGCAGUGUUGUUGCCCAUUGCCAUAUUUACUACCUUCUAUUUUCAUAGGAGAGAUGUUUAUGAUCUGCACAAUAGCAUAUUAGGGCUAUUAUUCUCCGUGUUGAUAACUGGGGUUAUCACGGAUGCAAUAAAAAAUGCAGUUGGUCGGCCUCGACCAGACUUCUUCUGGCGUUGUUUUCCUGAUGGAAAGGAUGUCUACAAUGAAUUGGGAAAUGUAAUUUGUCAUGGAAAAGCCAGUGUUAUAAAGGAAGGGCAUAAGAGCUUUCCUAGUGGUCAUACUUCAUGGUCUUUUGCAGGUCUUGGUUUUUUGUCAUUGUACUUAUCAGGCAAGAUAAAAGCAUUUGACCGUAGGGGCCAUGUGGCAAAACUAUGCAUACUUUUUCUUCCUCUGCUUGCGGCUUCUCUUGUUGGCAUUUCUCGAGUCGAUGACUAUUGGCACCAUUGGCAGGAUGUUUUUGCUGGAGGCAUCCUAGGCCUCUCAGUGGCAACGUUUUGCUAUUUGCAGUUCUUCCCACCCCCAUAUCAUACUGAUGGUUGUAGGCCUUAUGCAUACUUAAGGACAUUGGAAGAAUUAAAUGGCUGUGAACAACCAACCAAUGCAGUGAACACAUUAAAUGUGCAUGCUGUGAGGGUAGAGACUGUGAACCAACAAGUUGAACAGAACAAUACUGAGUUUAUGGGAUUAUCUAGGCCAAAUGAUUCUAGCAUGACAUUAGAUGAACUGGAAUCUGGGAGGAGGUAAUUUGUACAUCUUGUAAUUUGUUUAUCUGCACCUCCUUCUUGAUGUGCUGUAACUAUACUAGUCUCAUGUAAAUGUAUUGACACAAAUUCCCUUUUUUAGUUGCUCCUCUCUUCAGAGAAAAAGGCAUGCUUAAUAAUUAAUUCUA